AUGUAUCCUACAUUUAUUCACAUGUUUGUGCUGUAUUUGUAUGUAGGAAGGCACAUAAUGCCUGGUCCUACUGGAAAAAAGAGAAUUGGCUCUCGUCGGAGGGUGGCACCACAUGUUGAAAUGCCAGAGGAAUUGAGUGAAGGAGAUCAAGCAGAAGAGAUUGGUGAAUCUUUCAUCGGGUUGUCAAAUGAAGAACAUAGCCCUUUGGGAACUUAUCACAAGUCAAGCAGGAGAAAGCUAGGCUCAAAUAGACAACGUAAAAAAGAGAAUUCUGAGCAGUCUGCAAUUGAACCAUUCCACCAACUUACAAAGGAAGUUGAGCAAAAUGUGCAGACAGAAAAUCUUCAAGCAGAAACAAUAACUACUAGACAGGAAGUUAGACAAAGAGAGUUCAGUGAAGAAGACUCCUAUCAUUCAAUGUAUGGGACACAUUUGUAUUCAGCUUACACACCUGGUGAUGCUUCUGACCCGAGCUAUCUUGAUUCUGAUGUGGAGAGACAUCAACCCAUCGGUGAAAAAUUGCAUUUGGCGCAAGAUCCCCAAGAGAGUGUCUGUAAACAGGAAAAGCAGUCAGAUUUCCCAAUGUCAAUACAACAUAUUGAUGCAGAAAAGGAAGAUUUAAACGAAGAGCUACCACAGCCGUCUGAAGCUUUUCAGGGAGACCAUGGAAAUGUCAAACUGAAGGAAACAGAUUUUCCAGACAAUGCAGACACCCUCACUGAAAAAAGUAGCCACUGUGUAAAAAAUGUGGAAAGUAAAAACAAUGUUGAGGAAGUCAACGAUUCACCCUCGAUGGGGCAACUGCUUUCAAAAGAGGAACAUGAGCCUUUUGACUUUUCACAAGCCAAAGAUGCUCAGCGUCCAGAUCAAAGUGAAACUGAAGAGAUCAAAUCACCCGAAUCCGACCAAAUGGACCACCCUGAAAUUGUGACACAUAAUAAAGAUAUUGAGACAUGUCCUGAAAAUCUAACAGAUAAUGUAUUGGAAAUACAUAAAGUUGAUCUGAGUGUAAAAAUCCCUGAUUCAUGUUCAUAUCCACAAAACAAAGAGGAACAGAAGCUUUUGGAAGAAAACACAAAGGCUUUGUCUCAGAAAGAUAAUUGUCAGCCACCUAAUACCAACGAGGCAUUGAUCAUCAUAGAACAAAUGGAACCCGCACCUUGUCGGGAAGAAGUCAUCAACGACCAAGUGAAGUCUAAACAGGAACAGUGUACGGAUGGACUCUUGAGCCCAAUGAUGGACUGUGUCUUGUCACAACCAGAGACAAGUUUUGUCUUCGACACCCACAGUCAGGACAACACUGCAAGCUCAGACAAACACAGAGAAUCCUACAGCCCAGCCAGGAACAGGAGAAAACUUGGGUCGAAUCGCCGGAGCAAAGGAAGCCAUGAAAUGGUCUAUGCUGCUGAAACAUACAGUAACGUUAAAGAUGAUGCUGAGCUGCCAAAAAUAAACAAUGUGACCUUUGAAAUAGAAACAACAGAGAAGACAAAGAUAGAGCUGAAAGACAGCUCAGACACCUUUCCAGAUGAGAAAAUGCAUGGUCUCGACAGAGGGAAUACACAUUCAGACUCAACUAAACCCCAACUGCUAAUUCAGCUAUCAAAUUUUGAGGAGAUGCCUGAGGAGAUACUUCCAGUUGAAGUCAAAACAAAAGCAGGGGAGGAAAAUGAAACAUCAUCACAGAAUGGAAAUCUUGGAGAUACCCUGGAGAUACGGAUGCCCGAAAGCAGAUUUAAUGAAGACACAAAAAUCGACGACAGUCCAGCAAUAGCCACUAUUUCUUCACCGAAAGCGGAAACAUCCUCAGAUGAACAUGAGCUGUUUGGCUUUUCUCAAGUCUGUGAAGCUCAACAUCCCGACAGGGAGGAAAAUGAAACCUCAUCACAGAAUGGAGAUCUUGGAGAUACCCUGGCGAUAAGUAUGCCCGAAAGCAGAUUUAAUGAAGACACAGAAAUUGAGGACAGCCCGGCAAUAGCCACUAUUUCUUCACCGAAAGCGGAAACAUCCUCAGAUGAACAUGAGCUGCUUGGCUUUUCUCAAGUCUGUGAAGCUCAACAUCCAGACAGUGAGGAAAAUGAAACAUCAUCACAGAAUGGAAAUCUUGGAGAUACCCUAGAGAUACGGAUGCCCAAGAGCAGAUUUAAUGAAGACACAGAAAUCGAGGACAGUCCGGCAAUAGCCACUUUUUCUUCACCGAAAGCGGAAACAACCAUAGAUGAACAUGAGCACUUUGGCUUUUCUCAAGUCUAUGAAGCUCAACAUCCAGGCAGGGAGGAAAAUGAAACCUCAUCACAGAAUGGAAAUCUUGGAGAUACCCUGGAGAUAAGCAUGCCCGAAAGCAGAUUUAAUGAAGACGCAGAAAUCGAGGACAGUCUGGCAAUAGCCACUAUUUCUUCACCGAAAGCGGAAACGACCACAGAUGAACAUGAGCACUUUUCUCAAGUCAGUGAAGCUCAAGAUCCAGACGAAAAUUUGACCCAAGAGGUUAAUUCAUCAGAAACGGAACAAACAAACGACUCAGAAAUCUUGACCGAUGGACCAAGAGGCGAUGUUGACAAAACAUUGAAAACCCUUGUCAAUGAAUUUUUUGAAACACAUAUGUCUGACCUAAGCGCUCUUGAUUCAGUUUUAAAUCCACAGGACAACCCAGAAGAACAAUAUAUGUUAGAGGAAAACACAGAGAUUUUGGAACAGACAAAAGAAAAUCAUGCCCAUGACACCAAGGAAGCGGUCAACACAGAAAAAUCAGACCCCACAAAAAGUCAGGAACAUGACGAGGAAGCCCAAAGGACAACCGAUGACGAGCAGAGUACUAAUGGAAUCUUAAGUGGAAUGCCUGAGAGCAGAUUGUAUUCACAAAGUGUGCAAUCAGAGGAAAGUUCACAAAGUGAGGACACCACUACCAGCAUAGAGCAACAAAAAGACUCCUUCAGCCAAAAUAGAAACAGGAGAAAACUUGGGUCUCAUCGACGGAACAAAAGAGCUUUUGUAAAGAACUUUGCAACUGAGUCAUACAAGGAAAUUGCAGACAGUGCUGCCGGAAACGGCGGAGAUGAAAAGGAUCCCCCAGAAACCAAAGACACAGUGUUUGCGAUAGAAACCACUGAGAUGGAAAACAUUGAAAAAAAAGGGCCUAGUGAAGAAGAGUGCGGGCCAACUAAAGCCACAAUUUUCCUACCAAAAGAAAAAACUGAGGAACAACAUGAGCUUUUCAGCAUGUCUGGAGAUGAUCAACAUUUAGACAACAAUAUUAGUAAAAUGCCCAACCAAAUGGUGAAUCUUGUAGAAGUUGAUCAACUAAAUUCUAUUGAUGACUCUGCAGUUACAGAGAUCUGCUCUCCUGCUGGAAUCAUGCAAAUGGAAGCUUCUGUGGAACACGAAUCCAACAAAGAACUAAUGCAAGCAUCACAAGAUCACACAAAACCAAUAUUCAAAGCCACAGAGACUAUAGAAGCUGUGAAAAGCCAAAUAAUUCAAGAGGAGGACUCAAAUUCUCUAAACCCAGACAAAGAUGUCAUUGCCAGUUCUCAAGGGGAAGUCCCAAACACAUUUUGUAUUCCUACUCAAGACACAAAUAUUAACUCUACACCUAACUUGAGUGUACAACAAUCAGAAGAAACCUUCCAGCUGUCCUCAAAGGAAGAAUCACUGGAAAAUGUCCUGGAAGCCGAGAAGAGUGCCUUGAAAGAAAUAAGGGAUCAUUCAGAAGUAACAGGACUUUUAAAUGUGUCUUCUACUAAGAAGAGAAGGAUGGGAUCUACACGCCGGUCUCGUAUGAGCGGAAAACAAGCAGAAAUGGACAAGGAAGAUGAUACAAGAUCCCUGGAAAAUGUAGGAGUCCUGGAGGAUCUACCGCAGACUGAAGCAUUACCAAGUCAAAGAGCCAAAUCAUCAGGUAAAGAAGAGCAAGAAUACAACAUGGUUGAGAAUGACCAGAAGAUUCACAAGAGUACCAGAGAAAGCAAGGUGAUACCAACCACAGAUGAAGUCACGACUCUCCUUUCAGAACAGGUGUCCUCCCACGAGGCCACACAACAUGAUGGAAAUUUAAUGCAAGAUCAAGACGAGCUCAUGGGCCAACCAUCAAACAUUCAAGCGAUAAACACUGAGAGUGAAGGAGUUCCUGAUCAAAACUUGAAAAGUCCUCGUUUGAACUUGGCUAAUCAAAAAAGAAAGAUGGGCUCCACGCGCAGAAGUUUAGGAACUAAGUCAAAGAGGGACUUGGAGCUGAAGUUGGAUUUGAGUAAUGAGGUAGGGGUCACAGCUCCUGUGCAGGAUCUCUUCUGUCAAAGCGAAGAUAAAAAAUUAAAUCCUAAGAGCUCAGGUCUUGGACCAACCAACCAAGAAAACGUCUGCGACCCUCCAAGCACAGCUGAGACUCUUCAGUCAGGCGAAGAAAAUCUCAGUUCGGAGCAUCAUCCAGUUCAAGGUGACGUUAUAGAAAAACAGUCUACCUCAACCAAACUUGAUAUGCUCUCCGAAUCAGAGCUAAAAGUGAGAAAGCGGAAACUGGGAUCUCACCGGAAGUCCAAAGUACAACAAACCUACGGCAAUCAAAGUGAAAAAGACAACAUGAUGCAAAAACAAGCCGAGAGAGAUGAAAAAAUAAUCACACACGAACAAGCGGAUGACGCCAUCCACGGGUCUGAUGAAGCACAGAGUACUCUAAGUGAUACCGACCCAUCAAAGUCUAUGAGAAACAACACAUCAGAGGAAGCGCUGCCACCCCGAGUCCAUCAUCAGGUAACCCUCAAUGUGUCGGCAGGUGAAGCAGGCAACUCGAAAGCGAAGCCUUUUAACGUGGUCAUGGUCGGCGACAGCAGCGUGGGCAAGACGUCGUUCAUGAAACGAGCGCAAAAUGGCAAAUUCUUUCCGGAUUUGCCUGCCUCUGCUGGCCUUGACACAUGCUUGUGGACGGUGGUCGUGGAUGGCAAACCUGUGGUGCUCCAACUGUGGGAUACGGCGGGUCAAGAAAGGUUUCGCAGUAUCACCCAUCAGGUAUUCCACAGAGCGCAUGCAUUUCUCCUGAUGUAUGACAUCACGUCUUCUCAAAGCUUCACCGCAGUCCACUACUGGGUGACAUGCAUUCAAGAAAACGCCACAAAAAAUGUUCCUGUUUUACUUCUUGGAAAUAAAAGCGAUCACAUUGAGCGUCAUGUUUCAACCGAAGAGGCUCAGAAGGUUGCAAAGACGUUAAACACAGACUUCAUGGAGUGCAGCGCUGUCUCUGGUGACAAUGUGAUUCAGUCUUUGGAGGCAGUUGCCAGAUUGCUGAGCCAUAAAGAUGACGUAAGAGAUGAAACCCUGGCGUUACAUAAAGAACCUCCAAAGAAGAAAGCAGGAUGUUGCUGAACAGACAAGUGGUGCAUUACGGCAGUGUAUCAUUGUGCAUCUGAGGAAUUACCAGAUUAAAAAAAAAAAAAAAAAAACUUUUCUGCUCGCAAAAUUAGUUAAAUGACAUUGAGUUCUACCUUGUAUUAUGAUAUAGAGUGUGUUUAUGGAAUGCUGCCUUGCCACGCUGUACUGCUUAGAUUGACGAGUGCAAUAAUGGCUCAACAAGUUUAUUUGGUUGUGAAUGUAAUAAAAUGCUUAAUAAAGUUAAUUCAAUGAAAA